UCCCUUAAAGUUAACUGCGUCCGAUAGGAAUGUACGCACUAAAUAACUGUCACACUUGUGAGUACACACAUCUAAUGUACGUGUACAGUUAUAGCGGGGAUUUGGAGGCAAGUCUAAUUUGGCGAGGUUUCGUACAAAAAUAGAGCAUAUCUCUGGUGUUGUGUAAUCCUCUUUGUUCUUAUUCCCACGUUUUCUAUUGCUUUCCGUAGCACCCACUUCGGAAUUUCCUUCAAUUAGUCGUCUCCGACUUGCAGAGAGUUCUGUGAAUGAUCGGUUUUCAGGCGUUGUCUGUUAGUCAAACACAAUAAAGGAAGAAACAGAGGCAAAUACAAGUUGACAAUAUAUAUUUUAGGCUCAGUUAUUUUACUGCCCGGUACAGAGACAUACUUGUACGCAAUGGUCCCAGAGGGUUCUUUUCCCUUAGAUUUGAAGAUUCCAUCAAAAGGAUUAUCCUGGGUUGACCUCAUGUGUCAAAAGUUUGAAACAAUUUGUGAGGGAGUGGACAAAAGUCCUCCUGCUAUAAUACAGGAAACAACAAGGCUUAUUGAUCAAAUAAGCACAGUUGGUGCAAAUAUGCAGAAACUUUGUUCUGACUUUAUGGAUGAUAUACUUCCACCGAUAACAGAAUUUGAUGAUAAGUACUCGUGUUCUAAGUUUUCUGCUAAAUCGGAACAAGAUUUGGACUUGACUGGAAAGUCAGAUCCAGGAGAGGAUGUUGUCGAAUUUUCUUUUUGUGAGGAUUUGGAUAAAAAUUCCUCUGCUUUAGUACAGGAAGCAACAAAGUCUAUUGCAGACCAAAUGAUCAUGGCUGGUGAAAAUGUGCAGAAAUUUUCUUCUGACUUAAUGGAAGAUAUGUUUGCAUUGGUUAAAAACAUUGAUGAUAAGUGCCCAUCUUUGAAGUUGGCUUCUAAUGCUGAAGAAGAUUUGAAAAGGUCUGAUCCAGAAAAGGCAAUAGAUGAAACUUUGAGUAGUGAAAAUGUAGACUCUUCUGAUGUUUACCAGGAAGCAGAUGCAGCCAUUGAAAUACAAACGUUAGAUGUGAUAGGCCGACUUAAUGCUUCAUGCAUUCAUGAAGAAAUACAAAUGUUAGAUGUGAUAGACCGACUUAAUGCCUCAUGCAUUCAUGAAGAAAUGCAAAUGUUAGAUGUGAUAGACCGACUUAAUGCUUCAUGCAUUCAUGAAGAAAAUGUUUCUGUAAAGUCAACAGAAGACCUGUCUCAAGCAAAGACUAUAGAGUGUUAUUCUGGAGGAGAUGCUUCUGAAGGGGUCUUUGAAGAUAAAGGGAGUCUGCAAGAAAGAAAUUGUUUACAGGAAAAUGCAGAGCAUCUCAUAAGCCAGAUCAAUAUACCCCUUCAGUUGGAUGCCGAACUUCUGUCCAAUAGAACUGGAGGUGUGGGAGUUGCAGAGCAGGGGGAAAGUGGAAUUAUGGAUCUUGCUGGAAGAAUAAAGUCGGAAGAUCAUCCUAGACCUGGAGAAACAUUGCUCUUAGAAGAUGGGAUAAUGGAGAUAGUUUUGAAGGAGUAUGAGAAUGUUGAACAAAAUCAUCUAGAUGAAGAUGUAGAAAGAGUUCUUCCACUUUCAGUUGCUGAGCUUGAUACGGCAAUUUCCCCUACUUGCUCAAUGGAGGGGAAUUUUAAGAAGUCUCUGUAUUUAGCAGUUAAAGAAAAGGAGCAAGCUGCUUGCUGGUAUGGAAGCCCCCACGUUCAGGCCUGUAAGGAUAUUGACAUGGCAUCCUCUAAUUCCUUUGUAGAUAUUACAGAUUCAUGUAGAUGGCCCGAUGUUGAAAGCUCUGAUUCUGAGUGGGAACUUCUGUAAGAGAUACCUGAUUGAGUUUGAAGCUUGAGCUUGUGCAUACGGUAAACAAUCUCAAAGUACAGAGUUUGAGAUGCAACUGUCAUGAAAGUUCAGUUUGGCAUAUGGCAGAGUGAUUGUUAUCAAAAUUGUUUAUAACAAGGAUGCUCUCACCAAGGAAUAAAACUAGAGCACCUCAUCCCAUGGCAUGGUUCACUGAAUCACUAUUUCGUUAUCUAGAAAGCUACAUUUGGUUUGAAUUAGUAUAUUUACCAAAAGUACAAUUUAAUUUAAGAGUACCAUUCAAUUGCUUCGUGCGCAGGACAAUUCUUCUCUAUCAAGAGUGGAUCGCAUGCAUCGCAUGCAAGCUAUGCAAAAUAUUGUUUAGAACUGAAAGACAUAUCAGCAUUUAUUAUUCCCUGCCCCUUGUUCAUCUGUUACUUUUGACUGUUUAUUUAUAGGCAUAAACAUUUGAUAACCCUUAUUUUCAGACUUGAGAUAGUGAAGAAUAUUCAGGCUUGUAACCGUUGAAACAGAAUUGUCAAUAUUGAGUACUCCCUAAUCUGAAGAAAAGAAUUAGACUCUAUGAA